AUGUUACACCAACAAUUCACAACUGUCGACUGUACAGCAAACAAACCUAUCUAUGAAUUAUCGUUAAUAUUACCAAAUGAACGAUAUUUUAUGCAAUCAUUGAAUAAUACACAAAUGUCAUUUUCAUCUCCUCUCACUUGUAUUCAUCAUGAAUUUGUAUAUCAAGUAAUGCAACAUCCACAAAAGCUAGCAGUUGAACUAGAUGAACAAUCAUUAACAUAUUGUGAACUUCUAUAUUAUGUUCAAGUAUUGUCUUUAACUCUUCUUAAUGAAUAUCAUGUAUUUCCAGGUGAGAUCGUAUGUCAAUGUGUUGAGCGAAGUUUGUCAAUGGUGAUUGGUAUGAUGGGAAUUGAAAUGGCUGGUGCUGUUUAUUGUCCAUUAUCACCGCGGGACCCACAACAUCGUUUGCAUGCACUCACACAACAAACACAAAGUCGUCUUGUUCUUGUUCAUGAUUUAACUAAGUCCAAGUUUGAUGAUGAUAGUGUUUCACUUGAUAUUGAUUCAAUAUUAAAUAUCAGUGAUCUGAAUAGUAACAUGGAUUAUAAUUGUCUUUCAAGUGUGAAAGUGAAAGGCAAUGAGAUUGCAUACAUUAUUUUCACGAGUGGUUCAACUGGAACACCUAAAGCGGUUCAAGUUCGGCAAAAGAACUUUAUUGAUUGCAUCAAUUCUUUGACUUAUAUUAACUCAUUUAAUAAAGAUGAUAUAGUUGUACAAAUGACAAGAUGUUCAUUUGACAUCCAUGUUCAAGAAAUACUUGGUACAUUGUUAGUUGCAGGCACAUUAAUUAUGCUUCAUCCUGGUGGAACUAUUGAUUUUGAUUAUUUAUCUGAAGUCUUACAGAGUGAACCUUUUUCUGUUCCUUUAAUUGAUUUGAUUGUAAAAAUCGGUAUAACAAACUGUAUUGUGUGGAAUUUGUAUGGUCCAGCUGAAGCAACCAUAGGUUCUACACUGCAUUGUGUGAGUGUUACGAGUGAUACCCAGAGCAUUCCAAUUGGCAGGCCAUUUUAUAAUUACCGAUGUAUGAUUAUGAAUAAGUAUUCACAAUCAUCUAUUGCCGGUCAGGAUGGCGAAUUGCUAGUGGGAGGAGCAGGUGUGUUUGCUGGUUAUCUAGGUCGUGAUGAUUUAACUGCAAAAGCUCUUGUUGAAAUAGAUGGCGAACCAUUUUAUCGAACAGGCGAUCUUGUUAAAAUAGAUAACAAUGGUCUUCUUCAUUAUCAAGGAAGAAAAGAUCAUCAAAUCAAACUACAUGGACAACGAAUCGAACUUGGUGAAAUCGAACGAUGUUUACUUAACAUUACAUGUAUCUCCGCCUGUGUUGUCACGAAAUGGAAAGAUGAUUAUUUAGUUGCUUAUGUUCAAAGUUCUGAUAUGAAUGAACAGGGAUUUCGUGAACAUUGUCAAUCUCAUCUUCCACCACAUGUGAUACCAUCAAUAUUUAUUAUUCUUGACAAACUACCUUUGAAUCCAAAUGGAAAAAUAGAUCGAAAACUUCUUCCUUCACCUCACUUCUCAUCUGUACAUCUCAUAAACACUAUAGAACUAGUACUACCAACAAAUGAUAUUCAAGUUACUAUUCAUCAUAUUUGGUGUGAGAUAUUUAAACAAAAGCAAAUCUCAACUGAUACAAACAUGUUUACUAUUGGUGGUCAUUCAUUACUUAUCAUGCAACUUUUUCAUCGAUACAAGAUCGAAUUUCAUUUAGAAACAAAUACUCUCUCGAUAUCUAAUCUAUUUCAACAUCCAACAAUCAUUCAUCAUGCUCAACUCAUUCAACAAUCUAUCAAUACUACCCACACUCUGUAUGAUUAUCCUUGGUCUACAUUAUAUCUCUUUCAAGCUAGAGCAUCAUUUGCUCAAGAACGAAUCUAUUUAGAUGAACAAAUUCGUUUUUCAUCUAAGAAAACAACCAUGAAGAAUAUGUAUGUUAUUCCAUUACUUUAUCGUAUAUCAUCUAUGAAUGAUCAUAUGUCUAUUUCACGAUUACAACAUGCAUUCCAGUCUAUCAUAAAAAAACAUAAUAUUCUUCGAACAGCACUCUAUCUUGAUACAAAUGGUAAUAUUAUACAGCACUGUUUAGAUGCAAACAUCGUUCUCAAUGAUUAUAUGAAAUCAAAUGGAUUGACAAUUGUUGAUCUUUACAAUGAUGAUCGUCGUCAUAUAAAUAAAAUUAUCAUGGAAAUAUUAAAUCAAGCUGAUUUAUUUGAUCUAUCAAAAGGACGUGUUAUUCGUUGUCAUAUGCUUCGUCAUUGUCGUCAAUCUCAAGAUAGUAUCUCAUGUGAGGAUGAUGAUCUGUUGACUGAAAAUGACCACAUAUUGAUUAGUAUUCAUCAUGCAAUGUUCGAUGGAGCAUCAACACCAAUCUUCAUUCGUGAUCUUUCUCUUGCUUAUCAGUCUGGUGACUCUUCAUAUGUAGAUGCUAACUCAUUGAAUUAUACAGAUUAUUCUGUUCAUGAACAUAUCAUGGAUAUGUCAUUAUCUCGUGAAUUCUGGCAUUCUCAACUUGAAAGAUACAAUAUCGAGUGUUCAUUAACAUUACCAUUUGAUCGACAACGUUCAUCAACUAAUCAACAACGAUCAGGUUUAGCAUCCAUGGCUGAAAUCAUUUUUGAUAAUGAAUUAUGCAUAUCAUUUCUCAAUUAUGCAUCAUCACAUCAUCUUACACUUUUUCAACUUGGAUUAUCCAUAUUCUAUGUCUUUCUAUUCAAUUUAACUCAUGGUCAAACUGAUCUAUGUAUUGGUUCUAUUAAUGCUAAUCGAUAUCGAAGUGAAUUAGUGAAUAUGAUAGGAAUGUUUGUUUCAACACUACCAUAUCGCGUUGAACUUGAUCCACAUUGGUCAUUUGAUGAAGUAGUUAAAUAUGUACGAGAAAAGUGUUUAUCAGUUCUUGAACACUCUUAUUAUCCAUUACAACAUAUUCUCAGUGACAAUCGGUUAAAUCAAUUGAAUGUUUCACUUCUUGAGACAAUGUUUGAUUUUAUCACUGUGUCAAAAGAUAUGGAAUAUUUAAGUUUGAACGAUGCAAAUUUAGAACAAAUGUCAUUGGAACAAUCAGCUGAAAUGUCUAAAUUUGACUUCUCAUUAACAUUUGAACACAAUCCAUUAUUAGAUAAUAAGAGAUUAUCAUGUAAUUUUGUUUGUUCACGUGAUCUAUUUGAAAAAUCAACUAUUUCACAAAUAUCUCAAAGAUUUCAAUUUAUGUUCGAGCAACUGUUUCAAACAGAAUCAAGCAACAUUCUUGCGAUGGAUAUGGAUUCAUCUAUUAACAAACUAUCUCUUAUUCUUCCUGAUGAAGCUGAAGAAAUGCAGUUAGCCAUGUUUCAUCGAUUGGAGAAUAUUUUGAAUGAGGCACCAACAUCAUUUGCACAAGCUCGUAUUUGGCUUGAUGAGCGAAUUCGGUUCGAUCUAGACAACCCUCAAAUAGCAAUCUAUAACAUGCCUUUUGUUUAUUAUCUGCAACCAGAUCAUACUUUAUGGAUUAAACAACUUCGGCAUGCUCUUCAUCUCACUGUCAACAAACAUCCUUCACUUCAUACAUCACUUCAUUUUGACAUCGAAAAGAAUCUACUUAUGCAACGAGUUAUUACUCAUGAAGAUAAAAAUAAUAAGAAUAAUAUGUUUUCAAUCAUCGAAACUACUUAUGAAACAGAUGAACAACUUAAUGAGAUUUUAUAUGACGAGAAACGUAACCCUCAACUUUUUGAUCUUGCUCAAGGUCUUGUCUUUCGAUGUCAUACUAUUUAUCACAAACAAAUCUCUUCAAAUCAUCUUCUUUCUGACAAAGAUAUACUUAUCUUCAACUUUCAUCAUGCUCUAUUUG